GAAUAUCCCGUUUCCGGAGAGUCUGUCUCUUUAAACUUAUUGUUUCAAUUUUCAACAUGGCGGUUCGACCGGCUUUUUAACCCAAUGUAAACAAUUGUUUAUUUGUGAUUAGAAUAGUCAAUUUCAAGAAAUGGAGCAACCGGAAGUGGUUGAACACUUUUUCGGAGUUUAUUUGUUAUAUUGUAAAAAUCCAAUGUACAAAGGUAGAACUUAUAUUGGAUAUACAGUUAAUCCGAUACGUAGGAUAAAACAACAUAAUGCAGGAAAACAAUUCGGAGGUGCUUGGAGAACCAGUAAUAGAGGACCCUGGAUUAUGGUCCUCAUUGUUCAUGGAUUUCCCAACUCUACAUCAGCUCUGAGGUUCGAAUGGGCAUGGCAGCAUCCACAUUUGAGUAGACGUCUUCGGCACGUACCUAAAAAGAAAAGCUCUAAGCAAACUGUAUUCCAAUACCGACUUUCUAUUCUAUCAGAGAUGCUGAACGUCGGUCCUUGGCAUCGUUUGCCAUUGACCAUAAGAUGGCUGGAUUAUGAAUUUUUCCUCAGUAAUUCUAGAGACGUUACACCUCCGAUUCACAUGCCAAUCAGCUAUGGUAAAGUUAUUUCUAAAAGUCUCAAAAGCAAAGGCUCAAAAAAGAUAAAUAAAGAUUCUUGUGAGGUCACCGAUCAGGACAUUAUGUUCUGUUCGCUCUGCCACACUUGUGUCUUUCCACAGGAAAAAAUCACUUGUAUACAAGCCAACUGUCACCUCAUGGCACAUCUUUUUUGUCUUGCAAAAGUUUUUGCAGAAAGUAGUAUUCUGCCCGUUGAAGGCAAUUGUCCAGCUUGUGGAACUAACGUCCUCUGGGGUGAUUUAAUCAGAAAAAAAAUCGGCUGCUAUAUUCAUUUGAAAAACAACGAUAAGAGCGAAGAUAGUUUCGAUGAUUCAGAUUAAUUUUUUUUAUUCAUGUGUCGAUAAUGGCACACUCGAUUUUCUGCAAUUCAUCAUGGUUAUAUAUUGUGAUAGGAAAUAAAGUUUAUUUUUGUAUGA